AUGGCCUCCGCGGCGCGCUUCGACGCCAUCGUCGUCGGCGGGGGCGUGUCCGGCCUCACCGCCGCGUCCAAACUCCACGACGCGGGGCACUCGGUGGCUCUCCUGGAGGCGCGGGAGCGGGUGGGCGGGCGAUGCUUCUCCACCCCCGAGGGCGCGGACCUCGGCGCCUCCUGGGCGUGGCUCCCCGACGAGAGAGACGUGGCGGCCGCGGCGUCCGAUCGGGGGCUGUCGUGGGUGCCGCAGAGGCUUCACGGUGGGGUGCGAAUGGAGGGGGGCGGGCGAUCUCCCGGGGGCGGGGAGAUGCUCGCGCCGUGCGGACCGGGCGCGGUGCGCAUGGAGGGCGGCUACGGCGCCCUCGCGGAUGCCCUGGCGAAGGCGCUGCCCGAGGGGGUCGUGCGCACCGGUCGCGGCGUCGCGAGGAUCGUCCGAGACGGAUCGAACGGAUCUGAUGACGUGACAGUCCACCUCGAGGACGGCGAAGAGACCCCGCUCCUCGCGCGCCGCGUCAUCGUCGCGGUGCCGCCUCGGGUCAUCGCCGCCUCCAUCGCGUUCGACCCGCCGCUCCCGGACGACAGACUCGCGUACAUGCGCGCCACGCAGACGUGGGCCGGGGAUUGGUGCAAAGUCGUCGCCACCUUCUCGGCGCCGUUUUGGAGCGAAAACAACGAUUCAGGCGUCGCGCAGUGGAGCCGGGGUUUUGGCACAAAGGGGACAAGCGGCCUGAUGUCGGUGUCGUGGGAGGCUGCGCACCGCGAGCUCGGCGAGGGGGGGUACGCGCUCGCGGGCGUCAACUUUGGCCGCGUCGCGUGCGAGCGGCUCGACGCCGUCGGCGGCGCGCCCGAUCCGAUCACGGGAAAGAGUCCCGAGGCUACCAAAGAGGCGGUUCGUCGCGAUCUCGCCGCGGUGUUCGGCGCCGACGUCGUCGACGCGCACCUGCUCGAGGUGUACCACAAGGCGUGGAUCAACGACGUACGCACGUGGGACGAGGGCGACGGGGGCGCGCUGCUCGGCGGCGGGGAUCCUCGUUCCGCGUACGGUGACGUCCGAUUGCGGGCGCCGACGGAGUGGGGGGUGCACUUCGCCGGGACUGAGACGGAGCGAAGGUUCGGGCACGUGGACGGGGCGGUGGCCGCGGGGGAGAGGGCGGCGAGGGAGGUGAUCGAGGCGCUGGCGGCGAAGGACGAGCUGUGA